AUGCACUCCCACUCGGGCCAGUUCUGCCCCGGCCACGCGAAAGACACCCUCGAGGAGGUCAUCCAACUUGCCGUCGCCGCCGGCUUCAAGACCAUCGGUCUCACCGAGCACAUGCCUCGUUACGCAAAGGAAGAUCUCUAUCCAGAGGAACUCAAAACGGACCCGGAAGUCUCCUCGCCUUCCUUCCCCCUCCACCAAGCCUACCUCGUCGAGGCUUCCCGCCUACAAGCCAAGUACGCCUCCCAGAUCCACAUCCUCAUCGCCUUUGAAGGCGAGUUCAUCCGCCCUUCCUACGGCCCCGCCAUCCUCAGCCUCGCCGACCCGCUCGUCUACCCCCAGGUCGACUACUUCAUCGGCUCCCUCCACCACGUCGGCGGGCUCCCCAUCGACUACGACCGCGACACCUACCUCCGCGCCCGCAGCUCGUACGUCGCCUCCCUCGCCUCCGCCGACCCCAACCCCGACCCCGCCCGCGACCCCGAGGACCUCUUCCACGAGCGCUACUACGACGAGCAGCACGACAUGCUCCUCGCCCUCCGGCCCCGCGUCGUCGGCCACUUUGACCUCAUCCGCCUCCUGAGCGACGACCCCGCCCGUGACCCUUCCCUCCGCCCGGGUAUCUGGUCCCGCAUCCUGCGUAACCUCCGCGUCGCGGUUCAGGCCGGCGCCUGGCUCGAGUGCAACACCAGCGCCCUGCGCAAGGGCCUCGCCGAGCCCUAUCCCGCCGCCCCCGUCGCCCGCGCCUAUCUCGAGAUGGGCGGCCGCUUCACUUUUUCCGACGACAGCCACGGCAUCGCCCAAAUCGCUACAAACUACCCCCGCGGCCUCGACUACCUCGAGAGCCUCGGCGUGACCGAGGUCUGGACCCUCGAGAGGAGCCCCCACCCCGGCGUCGCUGCCGCCGCUGCCGAUUCUGAGGCGGCGCCCGUGGGAGCCAAGGCCGAACUCAAGGAAAAGAGCGUCCCCCUUUCGCUCGGUGGAGCGAACCGAAGCGUCGACGUUGGCGUGAAGGCCGGUAGGUUCGACCGGUUCAUAGGCGUCGGUGUCGCGGCCACAUUGGGCGGCAAAAUCGGACCGGCUCGCUCAUCGGCAUAG